AUUUUACCAUGUCUGGUCGCGGUAAGGGGGGUAAAGGCUUGGGGAAGGGAGGUGCCAAGCGCCAUCGUAAAGUGCUUCGGGAUAACAUCCAAGGCAUUACUAAGCCAGCUAUUCGUCGCUUGGCUCGUCGCGGGGGGGUGAAGCGUAUUUCGGGGUUGAUUUACGAAGAGACCCGGGGAGUGCUGAAGGUGUUCUUGGAGAACGUGAUCCGUGAUGCUGUCACUUACACUGAACAUGCCAAGCGAAAGACCGUAACGGCCAUGGAUGUGGUUUAUGCUCUGAAGCGCCAGGGUCGUACUCUCUAUGGUUUUGGCGGCUAAACGGGUCACUAAAGUCAACAGGGCAACACAAAGGCUCUUUUAAGAGCCAUCCGCUUUUUCACAAUUAGAGUUAAAUUAUUUUCUUAAUAUAGGAGACGGCUCUUAAGAUUAACUCGAGUAACUCAGUUUUUCUAAGUCUUAAGACUUUUAUUGCCACCAUUUUUGUUUUAAAUGCGAAGAUCUUUACAGUAUAAAUAAUAAAGUAACUAGGAAUUUAAAGUAUCCAGUGUAAAAAUGCUUGUACAUUCAAAGAUUUUUUAAAAAACCUCUUACAACUUGGUGUCAAUACGUUUAACAGAUGGCAAGGACAAUAUUAGCGAAAUUUGGGGUUUUAAGCCCAAUAACCUGCUACAUUUUGUUACCUCUUUUUGCAAACUUUUUUUUUUUUUUUAAUAAAAAUCAAUUGAAAAGAAUACAUAUAACUCUUAUGAAAAGCAAAGUAGGUCUGAAAAGAUCUUUUGGUUGUCGAUACAAAUAUUUUUUUCAGGUAAAUUUUAAUUAGUACUUCUAAUAGCUGGUGAUAGAUUUAGUGCACUAAAUUUAAAACGGGGCGGGGGGGGGGUCUUUAAUGACGUUUUUCCUUUAUAGUACAAUAAGAAUACUAAGAAUGCAUUGUUGGGGUUUUUUUUUUCAUAACGUCCUCCUAGAGAACAGCAGCUAUUAUCCUCACUUUGUAACUGAGCAACAGGGAGAUCAUAAAAGUCUUAAGAGAUACCAGAACUGUCAAAAUCUGCUCCUACUCCCAAGAAAUGGUUUAAGAAAGCUGUAACCAAGACCCAGAAAAAAGGCGACCAAAAAAAAAGUAGAAAGACCAGGAAGGAAAGUUUCUCCAACUAUGAUUACGAAGUGCUGAAGCAA